CCGCUCUCCAGUCCUCCCAAGCCGUAGUCUCAACGUGCAGCCCAUUCGCACACCUAACACAUAAGUCAGCUCCUCUAUUAACAAUCCCAUCCACGCCAAGCCUUCCACCACGCACAACCAUUCCAAACCGGAAAGAGCCAAAAAACUUACUCCCUAAACAACCGCACCACGGGCUCACAAACAAUAAUCGGCCUAAGGCCCUUCUGCUUCGGCCGCUCCGAAUUGCAUUUAUACUGCACCAUCUCUUUCAAGGCGCAGUCGGCUAGGUUGACGGGCGGGCGCCGCGGUUUGCCCGAGGGCAGCGUGUUUAUCUCGUGCUGCAGGGCGGAGAGCGGGACUUGGGGUAUUGGUGGCGCCAUCGCAAAGCAAGUGCGAGCUGAGCGGGGAAUAUCUCGAUGAGGAAACAGGAGCUGAGCCGAUAGAUUGGGAGAGAGAGAAAGAUGACGGAUGCAAGUGGUGGUGGUGGUGCGAAGCGAUUGGGUGAGAGGUUGUUGAAGGAAGUUGAGGUUGAGGGGUUGAGCGAUGUUCCCACGACGGUGCAGAGGAAAGAAAAGAAAGCUGGGGGAGGAGGAGGAGCAGUCCUAGAGCUCAUCUCCCCACCACCCACACACCACCCUUCCGGCGCCGGUAAAACAUCCCUAAUCUACCUCCUCACCGCCCUCGCCAUCCUCCCCUCCUCUCUCUGCUCCAUCGCCCUCGGUGGUCACAAUGCAGCCGUCAUCCUCAUCGACCCGCUCUCGCACAUCAGCAUCCCGCGUCUCGCAUCCAUCACACUAUCCCUCAUCACCCGCAAACUCCAAGAAGCAGGAAAAGAGCCCCUCCACCCAGAGCUCCAAACCCAAGCCAAAGCCCUACUAAAAACAAGCCUCCUGCACGUCCACAUCCUGCGCCCCUCAUCGUGGCCCAGCCUGCUCGCCACUCUACGCACACUCCCAGAGCACCUCUUUGACGCCUCGCGACACCGCAGUAUGCACCGACGCAUCCACUCUAUCGUCCUCGAAGACCUCUCCAGCUUCACGUCCCAGAUCCGGAACAACACCACCACCACCUCCCCUACCACUCCAAACCCCUCGCAAACCCUCCUCUCCGCCGCCUCAGCCAGCUUAACCACCCAGCUAGACCGCCUCUCCGCGCUGCUCAGCUGCGCCGUCAUACUUACCAGCCACUCCGCGUCGGCCACGCACUUCCGCCCCGCGGUCCCGACGGCGUGGCCGCAGGGCAUGCGCGUCACGCGGCUUGCGGUGCGGCGCGUCGAGGUGCUGAAGUUUGCGCCGGGGGUAAGCGUCGAGGACGCAGAGGCAGAGCGGCGGCAGCGCUGGGAGAUUGUUGCAAGAGGGAGGUUUGAGGCGUGGAGGGUUGGGCAUGGGGCGGGGGAGAGCGAGGGGUUUGUGUUUCGGGUGGGAAAGGGGGUGGAGAUUGAGAGGAGUGAGGAGAGUAUGAGGAUGUAG